AUGUUCCGAAUCCUCGAGUCGCAAGCUCCGGCCAAACAAACGGCUACGGACACAAUUGAAGUAUUAAGCAGUAGACUACAAAGUGCUACAUUGCUAGAAGAUCGACGGGCAGCAAUUCAGGGACUCAGAAGCUUUGCAAAGCUUUAUCCUGCUUCGGUGGCCUCUGGUGGUCUACGAUCGUUGAUCAGCAGCCUACGCAAUGACAGCGAGGAUGUUGACACCAUCAAGGUGGUCCUUGAGACCCUUUUGAUGCUAUUUACGCCCGAUGAAAACAGUCCUGAAGCUUCGGAUGAAAUCGCUUUGUGGCUGGCAGAUGAAUUCACCCAGCGACAAGAUAAUAUCACUACUCUACUUGACCUCCUCGAAGCCCGAGAGUUCUAUUCCCGCCUCUAUUCCCUCCAAUUGAUGUCCCACAUUUGCAGCGCACGACCUGAACGAACACAAGAAUGCAUUUUCACAGCGCCAUUGGGUAUUUCCAAGCUCGUCAGUACACUCACGGAUGCGAGAGAACCGGUUCGCAACGAGGCACUGGUCCUGCUCAUCGCCCUGACUCCCGCAUCGGAAGAGUUGCAAAAGCUUGUGGCAUUUGAGAACGCGUUUGAGAUACUCUUUUCACUCAUCGAAGCAGAGGGUGCGUUGAGUCUUGGAACCGAAGUUGUCGAAGACUGCCUUUCCUUGCUCGCUCAAUUGCUGAGAUUCAAUGUGUCGAAUCAAUCAUUCUUCCGCGAGACGGGUUCUGUAAAACGAGUGACAGCACUUCUGCAUGAAUGCCAACAGGAGCCUGAGGGCGACGAGCCCGUCCCCCAAUGGACUCAAGUCCAUCGCGACAAGAACGUCUGGGGGCUUCUGGCCAUCAUUCAAUUGUUUUUGAUCCGUGGCGGAAUGAGCACACCCAUCAAUCAGACAGCAUUUUGGCAGAAUGGUGUGACAGAACAAGUGCUAAGCAUCGCGUUUGGUCAAAGAUUCAGUGUCAAUGUCACUUCAAAGGCAUUGGCAACAUGUGCGGAUCUUAUUCGCGGUAACUCGCCACUGCAGGAAAGAUUCGGUGAUAUUGAAGUGCUAUGGGGCUCUUACACUCGUGACAACCAGGUCGCCAAUGGUGAUGCACAUGAACCCCUACGCAUCAAUGUCAUUGAAGCUUUCCUAAAGCUAAGCCUAGAGCCUGCCCCCAACAGUCUUUUGGAUGCACGACUAGCUGCUUGUGAAUGUAUGAAAGCAUUUUUCGCCCAUCAUUCUGGUAUCCGCAUGCACGUUCUCAGGCGAGCAAUCGAAGGACAUACCAGUGGCCAAGACAAGAUCCCGAAUAUCCUCUCCGUGCUGCUCACUGCGCCGGAAUCUCGAGGCAAUGCCGAUCCAUAUCAAGUGUGGAUGGCAUCUGUCUUGAUGUUCCACCUGAUCUUUGACGACGGAGAGGCGAAAGCACUGGCCAUGAGUGUUACUGAAGGCGAUGCUGAAAGCGGCGAGGAAGUGGUCACCAGCGUUCAAUCUGUUGUUGGAAACCUAAUUACUGGCUUGCAACGUGGGGAUGAUGAAAGAAUUACGGUUGGUUAUCUGAUGUUGCUCUGUGGUUGGCUUUUCGAAGACCCGGAUGUAGUGAACGAUCUCCUAGGUGAGGGUAGCAGUAUCCAAACCCUGUUGCAGGAGAUCAAGCACCAGCGGGUUCCAAGUAAAUUGAUACCGGGUCUUUGCACUGUCCUAUUGGGUAUCAUUUAUGAGUUUUCUACUAAGGACUCACCCAUCCCUCGCAUCACGCUUCACAAGCUGCUCAUUGAGCAACUUGGAAGGGAACAGUAUAUCGACAAGAUCACAAGACUUCGAGAAUGCGAACUAGUCCGGGACUUUGAAGUCCUGCCACAGACUGCAGCUGGGCCGCUUGAGGGUGGACUGCCCGAGGUAUUUUUCGACCGUUCUUUCAUCGAAUUUCUCAAGGAUAACUUCAGCCGUUUGCUUCGGGCUAUCGACCGCGAACCUGGAUUCGAGAUCUCCGUCGUUGCCAACGGCGUCGAGAAGGGUGUCUCGCGUGAGCUUGUAGACUCUUUGCGUGCAGAACUUGAAGAUCGCACCCAAACUCUUCAAAAGUUGGAGUCUGACCUUGUUAGCAUCCAACGAAAGCUUGACCAAGAACACCAGGAUCACCGAAAGACCAAAGAAUCCGGUACCAUUGAGUUGACGAGAGCGCAACAGGCCCAGCAAUCUCUCCAGUAUGCUAAUGCGCAAGAGCUGUCACACCAGCUGUCCAAACUGGAAGAUCAACACAAGCAUGCCCACAAUGAUCUAUUGCGCCAACACGCUGACCAGCUCCGCGCUAUUGACCGUCAGCUGAAGGAGGUUUCUGCUGAGUCUGAGAGAAAGAGUCGCCAGGCCAAAGAAGUCAGAGAUCACCAUGAGCGCGAGGUUGCUGGUCUACAGAAAACCAUUCGUGGCUUGGAGGCAGAGCUCUCUCGCCUCGAGGAGCAGCAUAUGGGCCAAGUUGCCGAUUUCAACAAGAGAGUCCAAGAGUUGCAAAAUGUUAUCACCGAGUCCAGGGAGUCACACAAGGCCCAAGUUACGAACCUUGAAGAGAAAAUUCAAGAACUGGAAAACACCAACAGAUCUCAUGAUGGACAGGUUGCAGAGUUGAACAAUAAGAUCCAAGAGUUGCAAAAUACGAUCACCCAGUCCUGGGAAACUCACGGUGGUGAGGUAACUGGACUCGAAAAGCAGAUUGAAAACCUCCAAAUCUCGAAGAAAAGUCACGAUAAUCACGUCUCUGAUCUCGAAAAACAGAUACUUGAUCUGGGAACCAGCAAGCAAUCGUCUGAUGACCAAGUUGCUAGUCUCCAGAAGCAGCUACAGGAUCUAGAGAGUAUCAAGAAGUCUCAUGGUGAUCAAGUUGCUAGUCUUGAGAAAAAGAUCCAGGAACUUGAAAGCACCAGGAAAUCUUCUGAUAGCCAGGUCGCUGAUCUCCAGAAUCAGAUACGGGAUCUAGAGAGUGCUAAGAAAUCUGAUGCUGCUCAAGUUACCGAUUUUGAGAAAAAGAUUCAAGAUCUAGAAAGCGCCAAGAAGUCUCACGGCAAAGAAGUCACUGAACUCAAGACUCAGAUCCAGAACCUUCAGAGCACCAACAAAGCCUCUGACGGGGAAGUCACCGGCCUGAAUAAGAAGAUUCAGGAACUGGAAAACGGCAAGAAAUCUCAUGCUGGCCAAGUUGCCGACCUCGAGAAGAAGAUAAAAAAUCUCGAAGGCUCUAGAAAGUCUCAUGAUAAGGAGGUCACCGGCCUUCAAAAGAAACUUCAAGAGCUACAAAGCAUCAAUGGUGGUCAGGUCAACGAUCUCAACAAGAAGAUUCAAGACCUGGAAAGCACCAAAACAUCUCACGAAGCUCAAGUUGCCGACCUUGAAAACAAGAUCCAAGGCUUGGAGAGCACCAAAGGAUCACAAGGUGGACAGGUCACUGAUCUGGAGAAGAAGAUUCAGAGCCUGGAGACCUCCUUAGCAGCAUCUAAGAAGGACCAUGAGAAGCAAGUCAAAGAGUAUCAGAAAAAGCUUGAAUUAUUGGAGUCGGAUCUGUCUGCGGCUAAGAAAGAACACGAGAACUCGGCUACUGGUCACAGCGAUACGGUUGGAUCUCUGGAAUCCAACCUUGCCACAGUCAAGAAGGACCAUGAGUCUGAGGUCGCUGCUUUAAAGAAGACGGUUGCCUCCCUUGAGUCGGAACUCGCCGAGUCUCAGAAAUCCAGCAAGGACCUUCAGACAGCUCAAGACGACACCUCAUCUAACCUCGCUACUGUCAAGAAAGACCAUGAGAGUGAGGUUGCUGCUUUGAAGAAGACGGUUGCCUCCCUUGAGUCGGAACUUGCCAAGUCUCAGCAGUCCAGCAAGGACCUUCAAACGGCUCAAGACGAUACCUCAUCUAAUCUCGCUACAGCCAAGAAAGAGUAUGAGACUGAGGUUGCUACUUUGAAGAAAACCGUCGCCAGCCUUCAGUCAGAUCUUGCUGAGUCCCAGAAGUCCAGCAAGAAUCUCCAAUCAGCCCAAGAAGACGCCUCUUCUAAAACCUCUGCGCUGGAAGCUCGGACUAAAGAGGCCGAAGAAAAGGCAAAGGAGGCCGAGUCUCAGGCUCGCAGUGCUGCUGAUGCCCUCGAGGUUAUCCAAGCCCAGCUUGCGAAGGCACAGGUGGAAGCGAAGGAGAAGGAGGAAUCUCGUCAAACGGCCCAGUCUGAGCUGGAAGACCUUUUGAUUGUUUUUGGGGACUUGGAGGCCAAGAGAUCCCAAGACAAGAACCGACUCAAGGAGCUUGGAGAGGAAGUCUCGGAGGCUGAGGACGAUGACGACGAUGAUGAGGAUGAGGACGAUGAGUGA